CCCUGAGUCACCCACUCCAUUUCGUUUUUCAUCAAAAACUAGCACCCCUUUCUAAGAAACAAAGCAGUGCUAAAGAUGGCAAUGAGCAACAAUGUGAUCGGAUGCAUAAACUUCGUGGCGGUGAUCCUCUCAAUCCCAAUCAUCGGCGCCGGAAUCUGGCUUUUAAACGGGGAAGCCGAUUCCUGCGUCCAGUUCCUGCAAUGGCCCGUCAUCAUCCUCGGAGUCCUCAUCCUCGUCGUGGCCCUCGCAGGUUUCAUCGGAGCCUUCUUCAGAGUCUCGUGGCUCCUCAUCGUCUACCUCGUUGCCAUGCUCGUCCUCGUCAUACUCUUAGUGUCUUUGGUCGCUUUUGUUUACAUGGUUACUCUUCGGGGACACGGCAACAUUGAGCCCAACCGCGCUUACUUGGAGUACCGCAUGGAUGACUUUUCUGGCUACCUUCGUCGUAGGGUUAGAAGCUCGUUCAAGUGGGACCGCAUCAGAAGCUGUCUUAGCCAAACCAACAUGUGUGCUGAGCUUAACCAGGGUUAUCGAAUGGCUCAGGACUUCUUCAACGCGCGUCUAACGCCCAUGCAGUCAGGGUGCUGCAAGCCACCAACGCAAUGUGCGUACACGUUUGUGAAUCCAACCUAUUGGAUUAGUCCCAUCAACACAGCAGCGGAUAUGGAUUGCCUGCAAUGGAGCAACGACCAAACACAACUUUGCUACAACUGUGACUCGUGCAAGGCAGGUUUAUUGGCAAAUCUUAGGAAGGAGUGGAGAAGGGCCAAUGUGAUAUUAAUCAUCACAGUCAUUGUUUUAAUAAUUGUGUAUUUGGUAGGGUGUUGUGCCUUUAGGAAUGCCAAAACGGAGGACCUCUUCCGCAAAUACAAACAAGGCUACACUUGAGAAGCUUAGGGGUUCAAUAUGUGCUUUUUGAUUUUAUUAGUAAAGUCUCGUAUUGAACAGUUGGUGGUCAUGAAAUUGGGUCACUGUUUAAAUUAAUUAUCAUUAGAGGCUGUGUUUAGAAAAACAUUAAUGUAUGUAUGGAUUUGUCUCAUGCACUUUUUUAAGAAGAAAAAAGAUGCUUGGUUUUUUA